UUCUACGUCAAGUGACAAGUUGUUAUGUCAAGAAUUUGACAGUUUUCCUUUUUAUUUAUCUCAUAAUUAUCAAAUAGAAAGUGAAUUGCGAGUUUAAGCUAAAACUUAUAGAAUAAUUGAUGGUAAAAAACCACGUAAGAUACAUUAAAAAUACUGGUCAACCAGUGUUUAUGAAGUUUUGACCUAAGUUCAGGGGUAAUUAGAAUGUCGUUGCUAUAACGAAUAAUAGACGAAAAUUUUCUCAAACAUACAAACAAUAACAAAGCUAUGAGUGCUGGUGGGCCACAGAUAAUGAACAACUUGCCACCGGGAGUCAAUGUGGACAACAACUUGUUGCCUGGAGGCCCUAUCAUAAAUCCUACAAUGAAUAGAAAUAGGAAUAAUAACCAGAAUCCUCUCUUUAAUAUGAGAGAGAGGUUAUUCCAUGCAUUGUUUUUUAAGUUUGCGUUAGCGUAUGCUCGGACAUUCCCGAGGCCAGUACGGAGAUUCUUUGAGUUCCUCGUACUGUUGAAAGCUCUAGUGGCAUUUUUUGUCCUUGCAUAUAUUCAUAUAGCAUUUUCGAGGACUCCUACAACAUGUUUGAACCAUGUGAAGGAGACUUGGCCAAGGGAUGGCAUACUGAGGGUUGAGAUUCUGAGGAACCCAGCACAGGACUACACUAUUGAGCAAAGUUAUGCAAAAGAGAGGAAAUUGAAAAAGGAUAAAGAAGAGCUCAAUUCUAUGUUAGGGAUGUUAGCUACAGAAGGGUUUAUCAACAUAGAGUCAUCGACAAGUGAAGAUAUAGAUGACGAUGACUACAUUCGCGAUGGCACUGACUAUGGCAACAUUACUAGAGUACACGACGACUCAGAAGUUCCCGCCACUGACAAAGUGAUAGAAACUUCUUACGUGAACACGGGAGGGGAUGGAGGGACGAGUGAGGAAACGGAUCUCAAUGCUACCAUAGUGUCGGGAGAAGAUGUCGAACCUUCUUCGUCUAUUUGGGAAGGAAUAAUGGGACUGGUUGAGGAUAUUGAUAGAGAUUCCAAAUUGGUAGAUGAAUCUCUAGACGAGUCAGCUUCUAACGACUCUUCAAAAGAUGAAGACUACAUACUAGAGUACUCCUUAGAGUAUGGUUUCCUUCGACUGUCGCCGAGUGCUCGACUGCGACUCAAGAUUCCAGUCAAAAUAGUCACGUUGGACCCUCAACGUGAUGAGUGCUUCGGCGACCCUUUCUCGCGGUUCGUGCUUGACGAAUUCCUCGGCUAUGACGAUCUGCUCAUGGCAUCUAUCAAGACGUUGGCUGAACAGGAAGAUAAUAAGGGUUAUUUGAGAAACGUGAUCACGGGCGAACAUUACCGCUUCGUGUCAUUGGUGACGGCGCGCAGCUCGUACAUAGCUGCUUUCUUCAUAAUGCUUGUCUUUACGGUGUCCAUAUCUAUGCUGCUGCGCUACGCUCACCAUCAGAUCUUCGUUUUCAUCGUGGACUUACUGCAGAUGCUAGAGUUCAACGUGACGGUAUCUUUCCCGGCUGCACCGCUCCUCACGGUUAUAUUGGCGCUAGUUGGUAUGGAGGCGAUUAUGUCGGAAUUCUUCAACGACACUACCACUGCGUUCUACAUAAUACUGAUAGUCUGGAUCGCGGACCAGUACGACGCGAUCUGCUGCCAUACCGCUAUUGCUAAACGACACUGGCUCAGAUUUUUCUACCUGUACCACUUCUCGUUCUACGCGUACCACUACCGGUUUAACGGACAGUACAGCAGCCUCGCGCUCGUCACAUCCUGGCUCUUCAUACAGCACUCCAUGUUGUACUUCUUCCAUCACUACGAGUUGCCAGUCAUACUACAGCAGGCGCAGCUGCAGCAGUUGCUUCUCCGUACUCACCGCGGCAUGGCUGGCGUGAUGGGACUGGCAGGUAUCGCCGCUCUGGCGAGCGGUGCGGCCUACCACGACGCUCCAGGCACCGGCACACAGGCUACUCCCCCGACUACCCAGUCCACUACGCAGACAGUUCAGAACACCGCGCAGUCUACCACACAAACAUCACCGUCCGUCUCCACCGCGCAAACUAACACCACUCACACUGGCGAUGUGGUGACCACCAGACCGUCCGACACCGCGGUGGAGACCAACACUAACUCGGGCGGCGACACACAGGAGAGCUCUCUUGCCACGCGUCCAACUGUCGAUAUAAGGAAUAAUGACAAAGAUAACUCCGUCACUCCCGGCGGUGACGCAGACAUCAAGAUAGAAGAAAUUGCUAGGAAAAGGGAAUCUUACAGCAAAAUCAAUGUUGGUAACAGUAACUCUGUUGCCAAUGAGACUGAUCAUGCAGUCUUGCCUGGUGGAACUAACGGUAAUUCCACUAUUGUGACAGACGUCAAAGAUGAGACUUCGACUUUAGAUCGUAGACGAAAAGACAGUAUCGUCGACAACAGUGACGACCCGCCCUUGGUCCAGAGCAGUUCGCCAGCGAAGACUGACAGACUGGCUCCCCGAGCCUCCCCGGAGGCCGACGAAUUAGAUUAGCGUAACUUAUUCAGAGGUCAUUUCACAAUAAUAUCUAUGUGUUAGUUCCGAUUAAUCGUAACCGCUUUUGUGAACAAGUAAAGAUGUUGCCGUAACGAUACUGUUUAUAUAAUGUCUGGUAGAUGAUACUGUCUCAAGAACUUAUUAGAGAAUUUUGUCUUCGAAUAAGAUCAAAUAAGUCACAAUAUAUCGGAUGAAUCUUUAGUAAAUAUAUUGAUCAAACAUGUUCACAAUGUUCUUAUUUUUUAAAGAAGGAAAUCUUAAUUUAUGGUAUGAUACAAAGGUGAUUGUAGUGUAAGAAGUAUUCUGCCAUUACCUGAAGCAAAUCUGUAAAUAUUUAUGGUAACCUAAUAUGUAAUGUAUUAGAGUUUUGUGUUAUUGAAAUAACGUGUUACUUUGAUUGUGCUUAGAGGUUGGCGCUGGAGGUUGGCAUACUCUAUUCAGUGAUUUAGUUAAUAGCAAUUAAAUAUUUUUGUUCAAAA